GGUCACUACACGUCAAGUAAUGUAUUGCGAAGCCUGUCCAUGAAUCACACCGGGCGGUGAUCCUGCCGACUGAAGAGGCAGCGAUGUCUGGUAUAUAGUGAGCACCAGGUUCAUAUAUCAUAGAACGUACUCACCGUAUUCGCCGCGUGUCUGUCGCGUCGAGCAUCGCCUCAUCUCCUGAGCUUCGUUGGCUGCUUGCGGAAUGACGCUUCCGGACACCGACAAGCUUGUUUUCUAUGAUAUACGCAACAGCGUGCCAGGCUGCGCCUGGUCGCCCAACACUUGGAAGACGCGACUUGCCCUCAACCACAAGGGCAUACCAUACCGCACGGAGUGGGUCGAGUAUCCGGACAUCGCACCCCUCCUCAGCGCUGUCAAAGUUGAGCCGAACCCACCAUCUUCGGGCCCGAUCCCAGUCCAAGCCUACACCCUCCCUGCGAUCUACGAUCCGCGCACGCAAAAAACGAUCAUGGACUCCUACAAGAUCGCCCUCUACCUCGACGAGACGUAUCCCGACACGCCCGCGCUCCUCCCGCCUGAGUCGCGCGUCUUCCAGACCUCCUUCCAGCACGCCCUGGGCGACGUGUUGCACACCAGGGUCGUGCCUCUGCUCCUCCACCAGAUCGCGAAGCCGCUGAACCCACGGAGCCGGGACUACUUCAUUGAGACGCGCGAGGCUUUCUUGGGAUGCAAGCUUGAAGAGCUCAGCCCGCCCGGUUCGGAAAAGAACGCGGCACAGUGGGUGGCUAUGGAGAAGGCGUUCGGCGUCGUUGCGUCGUGGAUCGAGUCGGCUGGCGACGGGAGACUGCUGCUGAGCGGCGGGGGCCCGGAUGGGGAGGACGGGAAGGUGACCCAUGCAGACACGGACCUCGCUGGGGUUUUGAUCGCGAUGCGCGUCCUGCUCGGAGUGGAUAGCAAAGAAUGGGAACGCAUAGAGGGUUUUGAUGGUGGGCGUUGGAAGCGCUACCUGACCUGUUUCAAGUUCGAGAAAUGAGUAGACGACAGUGACCAGUUACUCAAUAGUAAAGACGGGUGCCGCAUGUACGACUAGAGCACUCGACUGGCCACCCGUGUGGCAGGAAUUAAAUGGCUUUCAAGCAAAGGGCAAGUAGCAGGGUUGUGAUGUGAGAAGACGAAAG